AUGACAGAUCGAGUAUACCCCGCCGCCAAACCCACCCCCACCACCAACGGAAACGGCGUAACCACCGCCAACCCAUCUUUCCCAGCCACUAAGGCCCAACUCUACGGUGCCUCUCGUCCAACCUACCGUCCUCAACCCCACCACCGCCGCACCCGCCGCCGUUGCUGCUGCACUUUCUUCUUCUACCUCCUCCUCAUCAUCCUCAUCCUCCUCCUCCUCAUCGGCCUCACCGGCACCGCUUUCUAUCUCAUCUACCGCCCCCACCGUCCCACCUUCACCGUCACUUCCCUCAAACUCUCCUACCUCAACCUCACUUCUUCCUCAUCUCUCAACUCAAAGUUCAACGUCAACAUCACCGCCAAAAACCCCAACAAAAACAUCAUCUUCGUUUACCAACCCACUUCCAUCUCAAUUCUCUCCAACGAAAUCGAUGUCGGCCACGUAACACUCCCCUCUUUCAAACACGGCAAGAAGAACACCACUUUACUAAAAGCUUCCAUUUUGAACAAAGGAGAACCACUAGAGAGCGACGCAGCAUCAGAAUUAAAGAAGAACAUGAAGAGCAAAAACGGGUUACCGUUGAAAGUGAAACUAGACACGAAAGUGAAGGCUAAAUUGGGAAAGUUGAAAACUCCCAACGUCAGAAUUAGAGUCUCUUGCGAUGGAAUCAGAGUCCAUCUUCCCGCCGGUAAGAAACCGGUGCCGGUAACGGCGUCAACUUCAAAAGUUAAAUGUGAAGUUGAUGUCAGAUUUAAGAUCUGGAAAUGGACAGUUUAA